UUGUUUUUUCUUUACAUCCGGGAAUUGUAUGUGAGCCUACACCUAUGCUCAUGACAUACUCUCAGUUAUAUUGUUUUGCUUUGUAAGACUUUUUUUUAAAAUGUUUAAUAUUUUCUGUAAGUGUAAUUACUACAUGAUGUAUAGUUGAAUCACUUCGAAGGACUUUUUAAGAAUUCAGAACUAAAAGCUGUUUUAUCAAUGAUAGUGUAAUAACCCCAAGAAAAAAUCCAGUGGUUGAUACACAGAAAGGAUUCAGCUAUGGCUUCAGUUGGGAGUGGCCGUAAAAGGGCUACAACUAAAUUAUAUUCUGCAGAGAAUGAGGCUCUCGAUCAAAUUGCUCGUGAGGCAGAAGCCCGACUAGCGGCACGUAGGCAGGCCCGUGCUGAAGCCAGGGAAAUCCGUAUGAGGGAAUUAGAAAAACAACAAAAAGAGGCAGAUCAACAGAGCGAUAGACACUAUGAGCUACACAACGACACAGUGCGAGGAAGGCCUACACGAGAGGGAAGGUCUUCUUCAUUUGUCUCAAAUGCUUCAUCAUACACAAGCUCAAGACGCAGCAGUGAGGAUUCCACAGAUGUUAUCGAGAAUUCAAGAGAACUAAAACAUCAGUUACAAGACAUAGAAGAAAAGUUCAAGAAAGCCAUGGUCAGUAACGCUCAGUUAGACAAUGAGAAAUCAUCCCUCACUUACAACGUAGAUACACUGAAAGACGAAAUAGAAGAAAUGGAAGAAAAUUAUAUCCAGAUUAAGAAAGACUGCAAAGAAAAAUAUCGAGCAUAUGAUCAGUUACAAAGGGAUUUUAAGGAAGUCAAAGAAGAGAUUGAGUUUUUAAAAGAAGGUUUGAGACAGAGAGAUGAAUUGAUAGAGGACCAUGGACUGGUGUUAGUGGGAGGACAAGAAUUUCUAGUGAAUGGAGAUGUCGAUGGUUGUAGUUCCAGAAGCACACCAGAUAGUUCAGCUUCAAAAUCCGGCAGCAAAAUUGCUUUAGUUAAUCAAGUUGCAGGAGAAGGGUCUCUAGAUUUUCAGUUAAAGAGGUUUGCAGAGGAAAAGCAGGAGCUUCUAGAUGAAAUUCGUAGAUUAAAACUAGACUUGGAAGAGGAGAGGCAGAAGACAGCAAAAAUGGAACAACUUACAUUAGUACAUGGUCCACAAUCAAAUGGUCCUGAAAUGAAACUUCUUGAAGUCCAGAGAGAAACUAAUAAGCAAGUCAGUGACUAUAAAUUUAAACUGAAGAAGUUAGAGCAGGAGAAUUCUACACUACUGUGUAGUGUCACUCGACUAGAAGGCCAAGUUAUAAGGUACAAAACUGCUACAGAGAAUGCAGAAAAAGUAGAAGAUGAAAUAAAAGCUGAGAAAAGAAAAUUGCAAAGAGAGGUUCGGGAAGCUCAAGCCAGGAUUGAAGAACUUGAAACUGCUAACGCUCACUUGCAGAAGAGAAUAGAUAAAUUGAAAUCAGCAAGAAAUGCUCUCGUUAAAUAAGCAGGAGAGACUGGUGUUUGUAAAUGGUUGAAACUACAGUAUUUAGGUUAAUAAAAGCUGUGAGCUUUUUGUUAGCCCUCCUGAGAAUUUCCAGUAUAAAAAUGUUUAUGUGACACAACAUAAGUGAUGUCAAUAAUUCCGUCACUUUUCUGUAGAGUUGUUUUCCAGUUUUAAAUGUUUAAGGUACCAUGACAGUACAAGUGAAAACCUAAAACUUUGAAAAGAAAUCUUUCAUUAGUUGUGAAAAAUAAUCGUCUUUCAAAGAGAUACUUGUACACUGAAAGAAGACAUCUUAACUAUAAUAAUAUCCACUCUUAGAUUUGUAUAUAUGUAAGUUAGCCAGUAACCAAUAACAUUUUAUGAUAUUUUUUUUAAUGCUUAACUAUAUAAUUAAGUGAAUUUUUUUUUUAUUAAAACAUAUCAAAUAUAUAGGUUAGAUUUAGAUAUUUUAAUAAACGCAAGAAAGUCAACGUGGGAAAAUGUAAACUUGUAUGAACGUUUUUACAAAAAUGUGAGUAAUGCUACUUACAAAGAGAUGGCAUCGAGAAAAUACUUGUUGUCAAACCUAUAUAUAUCAUAAUCUCAUAACUUAUUAAAGUUAAAUUGGUGCUAAACCAUCCCCUCCUUGUAAUGAGUUGAAAGAAACGUAAAAUGUUUUAUAAAAUCUAUUGAAUCAGCUGUUUUUGUUUUCUAAUGCGUAUAAACUCAAAGGACAAGUAUGACAAUAAAUAGGUAGUUUAUAGUUUUGAAUAUGGGUUCUAAAUCAAGCUGUAAAAUUUUUUUGAUGAGCACGCUAUAGUUUUGAUAGAGGAGAAUAAAAUUGACCUAUUAA